AUGGCUAUGCCCUCGAUCCUGCGAGCUAGGGCUCCCCGCGCCUUGGCAGCAGGUCGUCGCCUGCUGUCGAUCACCGCUACCCGCCAUGCCGCCGACGACAAGCUCAACAAGGUCUCCGCCUCCAUCACACAGCCCAAGUCACAGGGCGCUUCGCAAGCCAUGCUCUACGCCACCGGCCUGACCGAGGAGGACAUGAACAAGGCCCAGGUCGGAAUCUCGUCCGUCUGGUACGAGGGCAACCCUUGCAACAUGCACUUGAUGGACCUGUCCGCGCUGGUCAAGGAGUCCGUCGCCAAGGCCAAUCUCGUGCCUUACCGCUUCAACACCGUCGGCGUAUCGGACGGCAUCAGCAUGGGCACCACCGGCAUGCGCUACUCGCUGCAGAGCCGAGAGAUCAUCGCGGACAGUAUCGAGACGGUGAUGCAGGGCCAGUGGUACGACGGCAACGUGUCGCUUCCGGGCUGUGACAAGAAUAUGCCGGGUGUGUUGAUGGCCAUGGGCCGCGUCAACAGACCUAGCAUUAUGGUGUACGGCGGGAGCAUCAAGCCCGGCUGCUCCAAGUUCGGCGACAAGGCCCUGGAUAUUGUCUCAGCCUUCCAGGCGUACGGGCAGUACAUCACAGGCCAGAUCACCGAGGAGGAGCGCUUCGACAUCAUCCGCAACGCCUGCCCCGGCGCUGGCGCAUGUGGUGGCAUGUACACGGCCAACACGAUGGGCAGCUCGGCUGAGAUCCUCGGCAUGACCCUUCCCGGCAGCAGCAGCUUCCCCGCCGUGAGCCCUGAGAAGAGGGCCGAGUGCGAAGCCGUGGGCGCCGCCAUGAGGAACCUGCUGAAGGAGGACAUUCGCCCGAGCGAUAUCAUGACCCGCCAGGCCUUUGAGAACGCCAUGGUCCUCAUCAGCAUCCUGGGCGGCAGCACCAACGCCGUGCUGCACUUGAUCCCUAUCGCUGAGGCCGUGGGCGUCAAGCUCACCAUCGAUGACUUCCAGGCCGUCUCGGACCGGACGCCGCUGCUGGCCGAUCUCAAGCCCUCGGGCAAGUAUGUCUUCGAGGACCUGUUCAACGUGGGCGGCAUUCCCGCCCUUCUAAAGUUCCUGCUCAAGGAAGGUCUCAUCGACGGCUCCGGCAUGACUGUCACCGGCAAGACCAUGAAGGAGAACCUCGAGGACUUCAAGGAAUUCCCCUCGGACCAGCCUAUCAUCCGCCCGCUCAGCAAUCCUAUCAAACCCACGGGCCACAUCCAGAUCCUGCGCGGAUCCCUGGCUCCCGGCGGCUCAGUCGCCAAGAUCACCGGCAAGGAGGGAUUAGUGUUUGAGGGCAAGGCCAAGGUGUACGACGCCGAGGACCUCUUCAUCUCGGCGCUGGAGCGCGGCGAGAUCAAGAAGGGCGAGAAGACGGUCGUCAUCAUCCGGUACGAGGGCCCCAAGGGCGGCCCUGGUAUGCCUGAGAUGCUCAAGCCCAGCUCCGCCAUCAUGGGCGCCGGCCUGGGCCAGGACGUUGCCCUGUUGACCGACGGCAGGUUCUCGGGCGGCAGCCACGGCUUCAUCAUUGGCCACGUCGUGCCCGAGGCCAUGGAGGGUGGCCCGAUCGCCCUGGUGCAGGACGGCGAUCCCAUCCUGAUCGAUGCCGAGAAGAGGGUCAUCGACCUUCAGAUCCCGGACGAGGAGCUGCAGGCAAGGAAGAGCAAGUGGGUGAGGCCGCAGCCGAGAGUGCUGAGGGGGACGCUGGCCAAGUACGCCACGCUGGUGAGCGACGCGAGCAAGGGUUGUGUUACGGAUGAUAAGCUCCUGACCAUGUCGUGA